AUGCGUCCGUAUUACAAACUUUUUAUGAUGUUUACUGCAUUGUUGGUGACCAUCAUAUUUAUCCGGUUCGUGGUGUAUGAUCAGUGCAUAAAACAAGCCGUGAACAGUUACCAAGUACUUGCUGACCACAAUCGCGCUCGACUUCAGGAUGGAAGCACGGUGCACCGAACACGGUACGUGCUGCUCUACACAAGUUUCUUCUCUGAGAGCUAUUGGGGAUUACCGGCAGAAACGCUCGGUCCGGAUUACUUUGCGUUGAAACACUGCCCGGUAACAAACUGCGUCUUGACGAGCAACCACGGGCUCCUUUCUUCGGUGGCGGAGUAUGAUGCAGUUGUAUUUCACGUCGCCACCCCGCUGGACGUGUCGCUGCCAAAAGUUCGCGCCCCCAAACAAAUCUAUGUGGCCGCCAUUAUGGAGUCACCAGCGCACACAAAGCACCUUCUGGCGUUGGACACGGACUACUUCAACUGGACCAUGACCUAUCGCUUGGAUUCGGAUGUGCUCUUUAACUACUUAAACAUUGUGGAUAUAGAAAGCGGUGAAGUGAUCAGUCCAGGUUUAAGUCCCACGUGGCGCAAUGGGCACCGUGAGUACGUCAAUGAGUCACUUAUCGCAACCGUGAGCCAAAAGCGGAAGAUGGCUGCGCAGUUUGUCUCGCAUUGCGGCGCAUUAUCCGAACGCGAUCGUCUGGUUCAGCAUAUGCAAUCAGCAGGACUGGAGGUAGACGUUUACGGCUCCUGUGGUCCUUUAAAAUGUCCUCGAGGAAACCCUGAAUGCGACACCAUGCUUGACACAACGUAUUGGUUUUAUCUAUCGUUUGAAAACUCGCUCUGCGUUGACUACGUGACGGAAAAGCUGUACAACGCACUGAAACAUACGAUCGUUCCGGUUGUCUUUGGAGGCGCAGACUACGAGCGCUUUGUCCCUCCAGGAUCUUACAUCAACGCACAGGACUAUGCGACGGUGAACGAGCUGGUCGAUUAUCUCUUCUACCUGAUGGAUAACCCGAAGGAGUAUGCAAAGUACUUCUGGUGGAAGGAACACUACGCACUGGACCACACGAAUUCGUACUGCGAGUUAUGUCAGAAGCUACACAGUGUAGGUACGAGGGAAAAGGUUCAGUAUUACCAGGAUAUUAAAGCCUGGUGGUACGAUGAUGCUUGUGUAGAAAAAUCGAAGAUUAAAUUUUGAUUAUGAACUGA